AUGGGCUCGCUCGCAAUGAACGGGGAUGUCAUUUCUGACGAGCUUGCGUUGAUAGGCAUAAAAAAAGAGGUCAUGCGGUCUCUUCCCUUCUGGAAGUCGUUUGCAGAGCUGCGUGAGGCAUACCGCCGGAAACCUAGGGUUGUCUCGUGUGAUGUCGUAAUUAAAAGUCGUAGGACAUGCUCCCAUUUCGUGGGCGUUGACGUGCUUUGGGUGCAGUCAGACGUUGUGCUCGUGAGCUGGCGGAGGCCAACGAAAAGAAACCGCACAAAAGAACUUCCCUCUGAGUACGUUGAGAUGCAGCUAAGUUUUGGGUCGAUGCAUUUUGUUCACCAAAACGCCCAUGUUAGCGGCGGAGACCAUAGCUACGACCUGCAGUCAGUGGUUUGGCUGCAGCGACCGGAACAACUGCAGUGUGUGGCGGGGAACAUGCUGCACUUUGCCUUCCUUGUCUACGGUAUGCUGCACUUUCCUCAACGGAACAGCUCCGUCACCGCGCCGCGUACCAUUAUUCCCCCACCUACCUCAGCUGUGUUAGUGCUUGGAAUGGGUGGAAAUAGCAUGGAAUGGGGACUUCGUUAUAUACUGGGGGAAGAGGCGCACAUUUACAUUGCCGAAAUAGAACCCGCUGUAGUGAGCACAUGCAGAUUUGCUGGUCUUUUUAAGGAAAGCGCGAAUACACAUCUUUGUCUAUGCUCUGCGGAGGAAACCAUUCAAAGAUGUCCAGAGAAGUGUACUUUCGUCUUCAUGGACCUUUUCGAGCCGCUCGGUGGAAACAUGAUAAAUACCAUGCCCCUUAUCCAACAGGCCUUUGACCUUCUAGCCCCCGAUGGAAUUCUUCUUAUUAAUGAACACAGCAUUCCUACCGUGGAACACCUUCUACCCCUGCUGCACCUAUUUGGGGAUUACAAUGUGCAGUACAUCAACAUUCGUGGAUGUAAUGAAAGCAUUAUUGCCGCCACAAAACCCGGUAGUGAUACGGAUGGCUUGGGGAACAGAUGCUCCAAGAGACUUGCAGAAGAGGUUCUAAACGCCUUCGAGGGCAUCUUUCCUGGCUGGAUGCCAGGGAAAGACUACAUUAAGCGGUCAAACGUACUCUACGCAAAGUCCCACACGCUGCCACUCCGUGCACGUCAGUGGACAUCAUAA